AUGGUGGCGUCUAUGGACGAUGUCUCAGCUCCAGCCGCAACUGAAGUGACUGCAGCUGCUGCGAAGCUCCCGCGUCGUGUCGUCUCUCUCCUCAUUGACAACUACGACUCGUACACGUACAACAUCAUGCAGAUGGUGGCUCAAGUGAAUGGCGGCGACUCGUCCAGCGUGACAGUGAUCAAGAACGACGACUUUGGCGGUCACUUUGUUGCUGCUUGGGACCAUUUCGUGAACCAAACGAGUGCCAUAGCAGAAAAAGAGCGCGUGGAAAUAGUGCGCAACGUCAUUAUUUCUCCUGGCCCUGGCCAUCCGGACGAACCGACAGACUUUGGCAUGUGUGCCGAUGCGAUUCGAUUUGCUGUCGUGCCAGUGUUUGGCGUUUGUUUGGGACAUCAGGGAUUAGCACAAGUGUAUGGAGGUCGAGUUGUGCGGGCGAAAGAGGUCAUGCAUGGCCGCACGAGUCGAGUGUACCUGCACGAAAAGAAGCAGUCGCUUUUUGCGCACGUACCUGACGGAUUUGAAGCCGUGCGAUACCAUUCAUUGGUCAUUGAUCCGACUACUGUACCAGACGAGCUAGAAGUGAUCGCAGAGACAGACGACGGAGUUAUCAUGGCAGUGCGUCAUCGAACAAAGCAGCAGUUUGGCGUGCAAUUCCAUCCGGAAGCAGUAUGUAGUGCAUAUGGCUACCAACUCUUUCAAAACUUUCGGGAUGUUACGUUGGGACAAGAUGCUUCGAAGUGCGAGUUGCAUCAUAGUAAUGAAGGAAGGAGGAACAAUACGGCGCAGUCUCAGGGCAUGCGUAUGACCACACCACUGGCAUUAACCCAUUGUGUGGUAAUUCAGCGUGCCUUUAGUGGACUCGCAUCGUUAGACUUCGCCGAAUUCGUCUUUACAGAGCUGUUUGGCGAUUCGAAGAGGUCGUUCUGGCUCGAUAGCAGCAACCACGAUGCAGUAGCGGGUACAGAGGCAUCAAUCCAGUCGCGAUGCUCAAUGAUGGGCGAUGAUAGUGGACCUUUGAGCUAUUGUGUAGAGUAUGACGUCGUCAAGGUGGAGCUACGUGUACGACGGCGUCAGAUGAACGCUGACGACGAGCAAGUCAAGAUUUUACAGGGACAGGACGUGUUGACUCAUAUUCGAGAGAUGAUGCAAAAACACCGCAGUCAUGAGAUUGUGUUAAUGGAGAGCGAAGAAUGUGAUCUAGGUGUGAGUGCAGAACUUCCUUUCGCCUUUCGCGGCGGGUUCGUGGGCUACAUUGGAUACGAAGUUCUGGGUAGUGAACGAGAGGGCACGAAACAAUUCGACAGCGAUAGUGGAGAAGAAGUAAGCGAUGAAUGUGCCCCGGAUGCUUCGUUCCUGUUUGCUGAUCGAACGUUGGUGUUUGACCAUCUUGAUGGUGUAAUUUACUCGCUUACGCUAAGCGAGAGUGACGUCAAAAGCGCAAAUGCGAGUAACGACUGGCAUCGAGCAAUGAGGAAGCGACUGGAGCAGUGUGCCAACACCUUUAAUCAGAAGUCAGACGCAUAUUCACCGCUUUCAGAAGACGCCGGCAUUGCAAAGAGUGACGUCAUUUUCCGCCCUUCGCGAACCCGAGCGCAAUAUGUGGCUGCUAUCGAUGAGAUACAACGCUUGAUCCGUGAAGGCGAGACUUACGAAGUGUGUUUGACGAACCACUUGCGUGCAGAGUAUGCUCUGCUCGAUCCGUUAGCAUUUUAUCGUAUGCUGCGCCAGCGGAAUCCUGCUCCAUACGCCGGGUUUUAUCUGAGCAACCCGAACAAUCGUUUCCAGACUCUAGCCCAGUCCGAUGCGUCCAAAGGUCUUGGUGAUAUGGACGAUACGUACGCAGUAUGCUGUUCUUCGCCCGAGCGAUACCUACGGAUGGAAGCGAAUGGUUUGAUGGAGUCCAAGCCCAUUAAAGGAACACGUCGUCGCGGUCAUGAUGAUGUGGAAGACGCGGCGAUUGCUGAGGAACUUGCAACCUGUGAGAAAGACCGGGCUGAGAACAUGAUGAUUGCGGAUCUCGUGCGCAAUGACUUUGGAGCUGUAGCACUUGUCGGAUCGGUGCAUGUUCCUCGGUUGAUGGACGUUGAGACGUACGCCACUGUACAUCAACUCGUGACUACCGUUCGUGCCCAACGACGCGAGGAUGUUGAUAUAGUAGAUGUGCUCCAAGCUACGUUCCCUGGUGGGUCUAUGACAGGGGCACCCAAGAAGCGCACAAUGCAAAUUAUUCGAGAGCUUGAGCGUGGUCCGCGCGGAGUUUAUUCUGGAGGACUGGGCUUCUUGUCAAUUGAUGGCAGCUGUGACUUGAACAUGAUCAUACGAACAGCAAUUGUGACUCCAACUAGAGUGACGCUUGGUGCUGGUGGAGCUAUCGUAGCACUUUCCGACAGCGAGAAGGAGUAUGACGAGAUGUUGCUCAAAGCACAAGCUCUUGUCGCCGCGAUUGGUGCGUACGCCACGGGCAAGAAUACCGGUGUUGGAGCCCGAGUGGUUGUGGAAUAA